UUUUUGUCUAGUAGACUGCUGGGAAACGGUGCGCAAUUAUAUCGGGCUUUCUCGGCACAUGUGUUUUGUCGCCUGCAACGCAACGGACGCUUCGCGUUAUUAUUCGCAUAAAUUAUCGAAGGUUAUUACGUUGGCUUAUUUUCUCCAUACAUACAUGCAUACUGCAGUAAACACCCAGUAUUGAAUGUGAAUUGAAAGGCAGUGAAUGGCGUUAUUGUUCACUUUUUACACAGGCUGCUGACAGUAUCGAUGCAUUUGAUUAUUUUCCGGUCUUCUCCCCCUACGAGCGUGCGACAUCUUCCUGUAUACGCCAUCGAUACCGGAUAAAAAUCACCGCCAUUGCCAAUUUUCUCAGGCGAACAUCUUCAGUUAAAGAACUUAAUAAGAUACCUUACAAUUGUUGCAACCGGUCUGUUUUACGGUUGCUGCAUCGUAAAGGCGCAACGUAACGACUUUGUUAUCAGCGUUGCAGUCGUUUUUCUAUCAAGAAAAUUGCACCCCGGAAGGAGCAUCCAAUGUUGAUACGCGCCGGACGUACUAUUUUGUCAUCGGUGUUGUGCCAGCAAAGGUCGCAAUCGGAAAGCGACGAGCAGCAGGCAAAUGCGGUAGGCAACGGUGUCCACGCGCAUGCGGCUGGGAGUAGAAUGUCCAUCCACUCCAAUUCCAACGGCACACCUUGGCGACGCAUAUCCCGUGUAUCAUCCGACGACAGCGGCGAUGAUUUCAAAAAACCAGACCCGGACUGCGAGGAGGACAGCGUUCGCCCGGACGACAAGCCUCCCGAUGAGGAUCUAAAGAGGUUACGUUUCAAGGACUUUCGUCUGCUUGUCCUUGGAUUGCUGUGUAUUGGUGGUAUCGCCAUCUCGUCGGCCCUCUUAAACUAUUACGCAAAGAACACAUCCACUACCUACUUCCACGCGCCGCUCUUCCUGAUCUGGUUCCGUAGCAAUUGGCGCAUUUCGGCUUUUCCUAUCUUCGUGGUGUUGCGCAAGGUCUAUGAUUUCCUGUUUAAGCGGUGUGGCGUCAAGCAAGAGACUGUCAAAGAUCUUGUCAAAAAUGGAACAAAAAUUUAUGGUGGACGGAAAAUUUCGGCAAAAAUCUUUUUCAUCGAUAUUGCAUUGUUAUCCACCAUCAGCAUCGCUGUACAGUAUCUCACAUUUGCUCCUUACCAUUUUGUCUGGGCCGGAAAUGGGACUGCUCUCAACGCUUCCAACGUGGCUUGGGUUUACAUUUUAUCAGUUAUUAUCCUGGGUGUCGAUAUUAUGCCGGUCAAAAUCCUGGGAGUAUUGUGCUCAUUGAUAGGAGUGGUACUCUUGGCUUACCACGAAGGUUUCACCAAUCCAGAUUGGGAGAGUGCUGUGAUGAUGAUUCUUGGCGCAAUGAUAACUGCCGUAUAUCAGGUGUUGUACAAGAAACGAAUCGGAGGCACGACAGAUUUGGGCCAGAUCACCUUUUCCGUCUCUACUUUGGCCUGUUUCACUCUGUUCACCAUGUGGCCCAUUGUGCUCAUUCUUUACUUGACAAAGGCCGAGCGGUGGGAAUGGGAGAGCAUUCCUUGGGACAUCGUUUGCAAGAACUCCGCAGCGUCCAUGGCGUUUAAUUACCUGAUAAACCUGGGUGUCGCAUGGACUAAUCCAGUUUAUACAUCGUUGGGAUUUUUAUUGGCUGUUCCGCUUGCACAUUUUUUCGAUGCCUCUUUGGCUCAUAAGCAGUUCGCCCCCGUGGAAACAGCCGGCACGGUGAUGAUCGGGAUGGGAUUUGUUGUGAUUGUUUUUGCCGAUCGCGUAUCCUUCGAUUGUCUACAGGGACUGUGGGCCCGCGUGAAGAAUGGUUUUGGAGUAGCCAAGCUGUUCAAUAAGAAAUCUCAGCCCGAUGAGGGUCAGCAGGUGAUGAACGCCCCCGACCAGACUAAUGCCGCUCCCAUACCCACGAUAUCCGUCCAGGUUGAUGACCCAGAUCAUCGCGAUAACCGCUCAGCUCAAAAAGAAUCGCAGGCGUAAACGUCCAUUCCCGUUUGUAAUAAUUUAAUUUUUUGUGUUCCAAGCAUUCUCCGGUUGUCACGUGGUAUUUAAUUGUUUUGAUGGCGCAAAUUUUGCCUCAUUUCAUUUGCUUUCAUGUUUGAAUUUUUAAACCAAGUCGCAGCAUGCAAUUGGUCACAUUCUGCUUACAGUUGAGUACAGUAAUUCAACAUGUACAUGUUUUUACAGUCAUUCUGGCAGGGUGGGUGGCAGUUGCUUAAAUAUACAGCUUGCUGCUAUGCAGCAGUUUCGUCUUGUGAUGUCUUGUUCUGAGUUUGCACCGCGCGUCUUUAUUUGGAAUGUCCAAGCAUCUAAUCUGUCAUUCGUAAGUUUCUUAAGGUUCCUCUUAAUGCGUUCCUGCUGUUUGCAAACGUUAUAUUUGAAAAACAUUUGCUGUUGAGUU